AUGGCCCGGCCGUGGCUCCAUCUCUGCAUCUGCCUCCAGAUCCCAGGUUUCUGUACAAAUCUACUUUUAUCCAAGACUCCAGGCCAUAUUUUAGCCCAAACUAACAAUAAAACAGAAAUCCUCUGUGAGCUGAAGAAAGAGCACACCGGGGUGUACUGGUACCGCUGGAGCCAGGAGAGGCAAAAUUUUGAGUUCUUGGUAUUUUCCAACCCAUUUGGCAAAGCCACGUACGGCGCAAACAUCAGCCAGGACAAGUUUAUCGUCCAUGGGGCGAGUUCCCGCACCCCCUACAGCCUGCAGAUCAGCCACCUCCAUGCCUCAGACAACGGCACCUAUUACUGCUCCGUCUCCCAGUCCUCCCAGCUCUUCCUGGGCAGCGGGACGCGGCUCGAUGUGGUUGAUGUUUUGCCUCUGCCUCCGAAGACCACUCAAGCACCGCUCUCCAAAAAGCCCCUGCGGUGCGUAACCAAAAGGAAAGCUGCUGACAAGAAAGGUGCCUGCAGCCCCCUGGUCUGGAUCCCCCUGGUCAUCAGCAUCCUGGUCAUCCUGCUGAGCCUGGUCCCCACCGCCUACCGCCUCCACCGUAAGCAUCCUGCCAGCCCCGGGGGAUGA